GUCAGCAAGGACAUCUGCAGCGAUAACGUGAACAGUUCGUUCGCUGCAUCCCAUCGCAACCAUGUCUGUCAGUCUAGACGCAUACACCCCCGCCCAGGUGAUGGAGUUUGUCGCCCGGGCUGGUGUCGCCAAGGGGAAUAUGCGUCUCGAUAAGGUGUUUUUUAGCGCCGUCUCGGCGGGUGGUCUCCUGGGGUUGGCGUGCGGGACGGCCCUCAGCACGAAUACGAGUCCGUGGUUUCAGGAGAAUGCCCCGGGGUUGAUUCGGACGAUUGGCGCGUUGGUGUUUCCCUAUGGAUUGUGUAUGAUUAUUUUGACCGGGGCGGAUUUGUGUACGGGGUCGUUUAUGUAUACUACGGUCGCUGCCCUACAACGCCAACUCCCUUGGUAUAAGAUGCUGCUGCAUUGGUUCGUUACUUUCUGGGGAAAUCUCUGCGGAUCACUGUUCCUCGUGGCGAUUAUUUUCGGCUACGGCGAAGUCUUCUCCACCGACCCCUACAAAUCCGAAGUAAUCUCCUACGCGACCAAAAAACAAGUCACGCCGGAAUUCCAACAAAUCUUCCUCCGCGGCAUCGGGUGUAACUGGCUCGUCUGCUUGGCCUGUUUCUUCGGGAUCCAGGGCCGGGACCUCACCUCCAAAAUCAUCGGCAUCUGGUGGCCGAUCUUUGGCUUCGUGUCGUUGGGAUUCGACCAUGUGGUGGCGAAUAUGACCUUUAUCCCGUUGGCGAUUUGGUUGGGCGCGGAGGAUAUUACUGUGGGGUUGUAUGUCUGGAAGGGGGUUAUUCCGACGCUGUUGGGGAAUAUUGUGGGGGGUGGGGUUUUUGCGGGAACGUAUUAUUGGUAUAUGUACCUCCUUCAAGGCGAGAGUAUGUCUCUGGCUGCGUUGAGAAGAGGACAAUAUACAUCGGAAACCACCACGCCCACCACAGCUGGAGGAAAAGACGAUGUGGAGGCAACAGCGGGGGUGGUAGAAAAAACCGCAUGACUGCAUAGUUUAUUUUGAAUAUGGCUAGAAAUCGAAUACCAAGUACGACG